AGUAGAGAGAGUGGGGAGGUCGUCAUCCAGCAGUGGAGAUCAUGGGGGAGGUCGUCAUCCAGCAGUAGAGAGAGUGAGGAGGUCGUCAUCCAGCAGUAGAGAGAGUGAGGAGGUCGUCAUCCAGCAGUGGAGAGUCGUUGAGUUUCAGCUUUCUACAGUAGCAGGGACAUUAACGAUUUACGCCCAAGCGAUUCAUAAAAUCGUCGCUAUUGUUUCUCUAAAACGAUCCGUGAAUCGAUCCGGGUUUACUUCGCGACGAUGCGACGCGGAAACUCCGCGUAGGCAAGGCGCGCGGAUCGACAACAAGCGAUUCUGCGCGCGCGAUCCGAUGCGCACAUCGCAGGGCAGGGAAUCGACGAAGCUGUUCCGCUAAUCUCUGGUGGAGGUGCGGCGUCUCCACGACGCUUGGGGCUCAUCAGCAGCGCGCCUCCACCCGCCUCGCUCGUCAGCACGGAGCCUCCACCCGCCUCGCUCAUCAGCACGGAGCCUCCACCCGCCUCGCUCAUCAGCACGGAGCCUCCACCCGCCUCGCUCGUCAGCACGGCGGCACCGCCACCUCUCCUGGGCUGUGCGCGUCUCGCCGACCCAGGUGCGUCCCGCACGGCCGCGAGGGCUGAAGCAUGGCGACAGACUCGUCGUCAGACCUCCCUACGUGGUGGAAGGGGCAGGGCAUCAGUGCGGAGGUGGCCCAGGCCAUGGACUCGGAGCUGGGGAUCCGCGACUACGGGCCGCUGCGCGCGUGCGCCGACGACGGGCAAGUCGGGCAAGAGGUGCUGGCCACGGCACGCGACCGCCUGCCCUUCGGUUUCUACGCCGUCCUGCGCCAGGUGCUGAGAACCAUGCAGAGCGCCGGCGCCAUCAGGGCACGGUCGGACGCGGCCUCGCCCCGAGUGGACACGGCGCUGGGAAGCCUGCUCGAUGUGCUGGUCACUCUGCUGAGCACGCUGAGUCAGGAGCUCCUGCUGACCGAGAAGAGGCUGAGCGCCAUGGGCAGCGGGAUGCCCUCCGACAGCGAGUCUCAGGACGCAGCAGCGGCACGUUCGGAAGACGUUUGUGGAGAACAUCCUUGCCUGACAGAAACUCGGCGUUCAAGUGAAGGCCCCGACGCUGGCAACCUCGACGAGCCGAGCGCAGACUUCCCCACGUGGCUCAAGACGCAGGGGCUGAGCACCGAGGAGGCCGCGGGCUCCGGGCCGCGCGAGAGCGGGGCCGGCGAUGGCCGUGGGGUCACGGUGGAGCCACAGGGCACGGCGAGCGAGCGCCCGCCCUCGCGGCUCCACGAGGCCGCGCUGCAGCAGCUCGCGCAGGCCGCGCGCGGCACCGGGAAUGACGGCGGAGGCGGCGGCGACGGCGGCGAGGGAACGCAAUCGGAGGCUGCGGUGCCGCGGACCGACGCGGACCUGGGCAGCCUCCUCGACGCGCUGGUCGCUCUGCUGAGCAGAGUCAACCAUGAGCUGCUGCUCUCCGCACAGAAGCUGGGCACCAUUGAUCUCUGUGCGGAGUCCUGUGCCACUGCUGCCGUCACUCCCAAGGGCUCUACGGACGAAGGCAAUCACGGCGGGGCGCUUGUGGAGCCAGGCCCGGACUUCCCCGCGUGGCUCAAGGCGCAGGGUGUGACCGCCGAGGAGGAGGCCGCGGUCUCCGAGCCGCGCGAGCGCCACGGGGCCGGCGAUGGCCACGGGGCCGGCGGCGAUGGCCACGGGGUCGCGGUGGAGCCGCUGGGCCCGGCGUGCGAGCCCCCGCCCUCGCGGUUUCACGCUACGCUGCAGCAGCUCGCCCAGGCCGCACGCGCGGCGCCGGGGAAGACGGAUCCGGCGCUGGGCAGCCUGCUCGCCGUGCUCGUGUCGCUGCUGGGCAGGCUGAGUAACGAGCUCGCGCUGUCCGUGCAGAAGCUGUGCUCCAUAGAGGGGGCGGCGAGCGGAGAGGCCCAAGGCUGGGCUCCGAGGACUGAUGAUCCCGAGAGAAAUCAACACCAAGACCUCCAGCUCCGAGAGCCACCCGACACGGACGGAUACUCAAAAACAGUUGCGAGGUUUAAAUGUUCCGAAUGGCAGCCGUCAGUCCCGGAUAUGGAAGAGGAGUGGAGUCAGCCUCCAGAUGGCUAUGUUGGAAUCUCUAAAGACGAUUUUGUUAGAAAGAAAAGAAGAAGAGCCAUGCACGAGCGGUGGCAGGGAGUUUCCGUGAAAGCUGAAACGAGUUUUUCAGAUGCUACUGGCUUCCCUAAAGACAAUUUCAUCAGACAGAAAAGAAGGAAGACUACCCACAACAGGUGGAAAGAAGUGGAGGUUAAGACAGAAACUGGCUUUACAGGGAAACCGUACGUGUGCGAGGAGUGUGGAAAAGGCUUCACCAAGAUGUCCAACCUGAAGAUGCAUCAGAAGACGCACACUGGAGAGAGGCCGUACGUGUGCAAGGAAUGCGGAAAGGCGUUCUCCAGGAUCUCCCACCUCCAGAGCCACCAGAUGAUCCACACGGGAGAGAGGCCGUACAUGUGCGAGGAGUGCGGAAAGGGGUUUUCUCGCAUCUCCACCCUGAAAACUCAUCAGAGGACGCACACCGGCGAGAGGCCAUUCGUGUGCCAGGAGUGUGGGAAAGCUUUCCAGGUUAUUUCCAACUUAAAGAUGCAUCAGAGGACACACACUGGAGAGAAGCCCUAUGUGUGCGAAGAGUGUGGGAAAGGGUUUUCCCAGUUUUGCCAUUUGAAGACUCACCAGAAGACGCACCAGCAGACAGUCAAAUGAGUUGCUGCGAGCAUUAAAUGUAGGAGGUUUAUAGUUUAUUUAUUUAAUAUCGUGAUGCUCUGGGAGCAAAUGAAAGAAUGCUUAUUUAUUCCAAUCUGAGCAAACUAUUUUGUUUAUGCGACUAGAUGAUAUUGAUGCAUCUAUGUAUUUGUGUUCAGGUGAAGCCUUUUACAUUUUAACAAUGCUCGUAGAGUCGGUACAAAUAAUCUCGUGUGUAAGACUCUAAAACUCGUGAAUUGUGGGUUCCGUGAAUUGACUGUGCGAGUGGUGGUCGUUCUGCACUAAGAGCGGUCCUCGGGAGCCCGCGUGACACAGGGUCAGUCCGCAGCUUCACAAGGAACACCACGCACGGGUCAGAGACGCACAACAUCUGUAGUUAAGGUGUUUGCCCCACACAGGCUGGGUGGAACUCUGCUCCAGCAGAACUUUUUAUGGCGUUCCACUCUUCUAAAGCAAGCUGAGACGGGUUACAAAACACAGCGCCGUUGUGGAGAACGUUAAUACAAUAACGCCUCCUCCCACGUGUCUCUACGUAAAAUACACACAAGUAGUUUUUACACAACCUAUCGGCUACAUAGCCUUCUGGGAGUACUUGAGACCGUGUUGAUUAUGGUGACAACCAGAAGCACUUGAUGUUAUUAAUGUGUGAACCACAUUUUGUCACGGGAUGAAAAAAACUGAAACUUAAGUAUUCCCACCCACUCGUCUUCUAUGAAGAGAAGUCGCAGUUUUGUGCUGGUGAGAGCUGUCGGGACAAAGCGAGUGCACAGGAACUCGUCCUCGUGCGUCCCUGCAGUCCUUCAGCAACGGUACCAACUGCAUGUAACUUUAUAACGACCAUUCCACAGUGGGACCAAACAGAUGGGCAACUUGUCUGUAACGGUCUGUUCGGUAGUAGAAUGAAGUUUGAUGCAGCAAAUACUCGUGCAAGAAACGUGCUGCCAUUGUUGCAGUUUAUACAGUUGCUGCAAUAUAACCAGAAUUUUAUGGUUUUACAUUAGGGAUGUGUUAUUUGUGUACAUAUAAGUGCACCGUUUUGCUAAAUUAGAAUUUUACAGUAUGUGGUUUGGCGUUUAUAUAACAUGUGUGGUUACUAGAUCCAACCAUAAUAAAAACUUGGCGUAUAGAUAAUGAAGCAUCGUGUGGUUAUGCAUCAUUAGUUGGCUGUCGUCCCUA